AUGAGCAAAGCGAAUACGUCUUGGUACUUGAACAAAGUUUUGACUGAUGAAGAAUUUUUGGUUGAGGCUGCAAAAGUUUGUGUUGAAUUAGAAAAUCUCCCAUUGGAUAAUUCUGAACAGACAGACAUAGAAGAUGAAGAAGAUGACAUUGUUAUUACUAGUGCUAGUGAAAUAUCUAUGCUGGAAGAUGAAGAAGUAGAACAACUAACUAAUCAAAAUGAGGAAAGUGACACUGAUGUAGUAGAAAUACGUGGGAAAGGGCCCGAGAAAAAGAACAAGGCAGAAAUUGAUAGAAAAUGGAGAAAACGGGAAAAAAAGACUGAAAUUCCAGGAUACGAUUAUCCAGAGGAAAUAAUUGGUGAUACUUUUGCAACUUGCAAUAAUCCUACAGAUUAUUUUCUAACACUGAUGAGUAACUGUGUAAAAGAGAUUACCUUUCAAAGUAAUUUGAACGUCACCCAAAGGAAUAAAACGCUAAACUUGAAAGAAGAAGAGUUGCUGUGUUUUAUUGGCAAAAAUUUCUUAAUGGGUUAUCACAGUUUGCCAAGCUAUGAACUCUUCUGGAGUAAUGCUGAAGACUUGGGUGUACCACUUGUCGUACGAACAAUGACCCGUAAUAAGUUUCAGGAGAUUUUAUCAUAUCUGCAUGUCAACGAUAACAGCAUUAUUCCUAAGAACAAUACGGAUAAACUAUACAAGAUCCGUCUAAAUUUUAAAACACUUAACCGUCAGCUCUGCAGGUAUUAUCAUGGCACUAGCCAGUUGGUUGUGGAUGAAUCCAUGAUAAUCUUCAAAGGGAGGUCAAGUGUAAAACAAUUGGGUUUAUAA